CUAAAUUAGGCUUUGACACAUGUGAUGGUGUUCACGUACUCAGACUCUCCCCUUUCAUCUGAUAUGAAGUGCGCGCUCGGCACUUCUGCUGCACUCGACUCGAUGGCAGAAUAUCAAGGAAAUCAGACUGCUGACCAGACCUCUGAAGACCAAACCAUCAGAAAUGAUCCGCACAGGUGUCCAGAUGAAACCAGUGGACGCAUGGAGCUGCCCAAAGAGCUCAGGAAGCCCCGCAGUAACCGGGCAAAAUCUAAAGAACACAAACGACUGAACACACACAAACUAGUCUUGCAAUACAUCGUCCCGUGCAUGAACACCUACGGCUUGUGUAUAGUUGAUCAUUUUCUAGGGGACAGGAUCGGAGAGCGCGUUGUGCAGGAGGUGAAGCGCAUUCAUCAGAGUGGCAACAUGCAGGAUGGACAGUUAGUGAGCCAAAAACUAAACAAAACCAAAUCUAUUCGAGGGGACAAGAUUGCAUGGGUCGAUGGCACCGAAAGCGGCUGCCAAAACAUUGGCUAUCUGCUGACCCGAAUGGACAAGAUCAUCACGUGCGCAGACGGCAAAAUGGACAAGUUCAAAAUCAGAGGAAGACAUAAGGCAAUGGUGGCUUGUUAUCCAGGAAAUGGAGCAGGAUAUGUGAAACAUGUAGAUAACCCUAAUGCCGACGGCCGCUGCGUCACCUGUAUCUACUAUCUGAAUAAAAACUGGAAUGCGAAGGAGCAUGGUGGAUUGCUAAGGAUCUUUCCUGAAGGAAAACCUUACGUAGCCGACAUCGAGCCUUUGUUUGAUCGACUUUUGAUUUUCUGGUCAGAUCGUAGGAACCCUCAUGAAGUUCAACCGUCGUAUGCUACAAGGUAUGCAAUCACUGUGUGGUACUUUGAUUCAGAGGAAAGAGCUGAAGCAAAACGAAAAUUCAGAGAUCUGACAGCCAACUCACAGGAAGGUUCAUCAUCUUAACAGAAAUACACUGGCCUGUCUCCUCUGAGAGGUUUUCUUUUGUCUACUGUUCUACUUUGCUUUUUUCCCCUCCAUUUUUACAUUUCUUGUUGCACUAAUGGUACCUCUCCCCCCACUUUGUAUUUGUGAUUUACUAUGUUUGAAUACGGUUCUUAAAAUAAGUGAAGAGUCGUUUGAGUAACCCGCUGCUAAUGUAGAGACAAUUUUGUGAAAAAUGUUGAGAAUCUUAAUACUGAUUAACAGAUUACUAGAUGUUUAUUAUAAUUAAAUUCUUCUUUAAAAAGAAAAA